CCACCUCCAACCACAGGACGUCAACAACGCAACCAGAUUGUCAUGGCAACCUCUCUAACGUUUAAGAGAGCAAUUCCUGCUGGCAUUAGUUCACCGUCUGGAAAGCGAUUUAAAGGCCUGAAGCCAAGAAACAACAGGGAACCUUCACAGGCGUCUGCCGACUUGACAGCUGGUUAUCGAUGCAUUUAAUAAGACCAAAGAAAUCCAAAUGCCCAAACAACUCUCAAGGCACAGGUGAGACGGACAGCAUCCACAGGACACCUGCGACUCCAGGCUCUCCGGGGCGCCACGGGCCGGACGGAAACCUCCGCUCCCAGUCCCAGCCCAUAAUGUGUCCGUCGAGCCAGCUAAACUAUGACGACGCUCUGGAGAUGCUGCAACAGGUCCCUGCUGCUCAUCCAAAGUCUUUAAACAAGUACAACGUCCUUCCCUCCAUAAAGAGGAGGAGAUCAGAGGCGAGUCCGGUGGAAAACCUGGACCAGCUGAUGGCCAAAAUGAGUCUGUCUGAUUUAAUCCUGCAGCAAAGUCACGGGCCAAAGGAUCCAAAUCUCCCUGCAGGGACUCAGACCAGCAGCUCUGAGGCGAAUCAGAAGGAUGAUGUGCACUUCAGGGUCUCCUCUCAGGCUACUCCCCCAGGACCAGCGAUGGACAAAAAAUCUGGUGCCACCGGCAGUUUGCUCCUAGCUAUAAAAGCCCCACAUGGUAGGUUUCAGCAGCACUUUAGCCCCACAGACACUCUGCUGAUGGUGAAGGUCAGCGCAGAGGUCAGGUAUGGAGCCAACUUUGAAGACGUUUGCAUUGAGACCAUGGAUGUGCCACGCAGGACCUUCAGAGACAUGAAUCUCACCUUGGCCCAGUGUGGCAUCUUGAACAGAUCGUUGCUGUGCAUUUCCCCAAAUGACAGUGUUGUGGAACACGAAUGAACAAAAUGGUGGAAAUGAGGCUUUUACUUAUUGUUAAUUAGCUGUGCUUAGAAGACCGUUUUUACAUCGAGCUGCUGAAGGGGCAAAGCUUCUCCGUGUUCAGCUACAAUCCCAGAAGGAGGAUCAUUUCGUGACAUGACGACCAGUCUGGUGCAGGUUGCGAAACAGCAUGAAACUUAAACUGUGAUGUCGAUACUGGAAACCUCCAGCACACACACACACACACACACAGAACAGACUGUGAAGUGAAUUGAAAGACAUUUUAUCCAGCACUUAAAUGUAAACUGUAAAAAAUAUUUUUAAGGAGUAGAUGCUUUUUGGCUGAAAAACCAUAGCAAACUGAUAUUAAUUUAGAGUAAUUUUAUGUCUUAAAUAUAACCUAUGCAGGCUUGUUUUUUUUUCCUUUUUUUGUUGAUUAAGAGCAAUUUGGUCCACAUAUCCAUCUAACUGGUAACUUGUUUCACUGUACUUUUGCACAGAAUAAUCCAGGCAAGCUCACUAGAAUAUAUCGUGCCAGGCUGUACAUAUCCACAGCAAUUACAUGUAUGGUCUUUUUUGAGAGUGUAAGACUACUUUCAUCACACAUAAAACUACUGCCCUCCUUUCAAAACGUGCAUGAAAAGCAGUCAUUAAUGUCAUGACUGCUUUCGAUUUUACAGGCUUGUUAACAUUAAAAUAAGAACAGGUGCCAUUGUUAUUAUUAUUAGAGGUAAAAGCUGUGAUUUUCUGAGUCAGAGUAACGGCUGUUUAAAAAGGCCUGUUUCAAUCAGCCCUCCUUUUAUUUGGACUGAGUGCUCCUUUUAUAGUUUUGUUCAUACUGAAUGCAGCCACAAAAUGACUUCUGCAUGGAUAAGAGCCAUGUGUUGAAAACGAAGACCAGAAGUUUCACAGUACGAAUAAACAAAUGUCUUCCAAUGUAAAUUCA